AUGUGUAUGGAAAUUAAUGAAACUGUUAUGUUCUUCAGUGACACUAUCAAAAUUGAAGAAGUAGAGUAUGAAAAUAAAAAGAUACGGAUAUGGGGAAGUGAAAGCUAUGUAACUUUUUAUUUUAAAAGUUUCGUGGAUGCCAGCCGUUAUCUACUAAAUAACAUCACAAUUUCAAACGCCAACCACACAUUUAAUAAACUAUCCGACUUAACUCAGGAAAAAAUUAGUGACACUUAUUGUAAUAUAGCGGCUGAAACGAAGAACUGUACCACCAAGCAAGCAGUAACUAAAGCUAUUCAAGGCACUACUCCUCUUCCUUCUGCAUGCACAGUUCUAAUUCUGUGCAACCAAAUAUCAUGCAUCAGGUUCAACUACACAAGUCUCCUGCAUUCAGCCUUCUUUGCCAGAAAGCACACGUUUAUUCCUACCAACGAAGGUAAAUUGCCAUCUUGCUUUCAUCUUCGUCAAGAUGCAUUUUUCCAUCCUGGAUCUCUCCGACGCCCACGUGGUAUUAUACUUUCCUUGGAGAAAGCUAAAGUUAAAAAGGCGCCAAGCGGAUUACCUUUCAAUCUCCCUGGAUAUAGAUAUUGCGGGCCUGCCACCGAUAUUGAGAAGCAGGAUGAUCUCGGUGGCCCAAUAAAUGCUGUUGAUGCAGCAUGCCGCAAACAUGACGUCGAUUAUUUGCUAGGGGUUCUACCAUCAGAGGCAGACGAGGCACUUCUAACUACUGUGCAAUUACAUCGAAAAGAUCUGUUCCCACUUUUUGCGGCCGCAAUGAGUGCCAAAAAAUAUUUCGAAAGUCAAAUUGGAGGGUCCUAUACAUCCUUCUUAUAUUUCUACCCAGCAGGAUUUUAUCCCAGUUUAACUUUGCAUUUUGCACAUGAAACGGUGUACGAUAAAACUUCAGCAGGAACACUAACAACCAUCUGGGAAGGCCAAGCUCAGGAGUCAAAGUGGAUAAGUAUUCUGCAAAAUAUUUGGCUAGGGAGCUGCUACACGGUGGAUCCAGAAACUAAUGUAAAUCCACCGCAUAUCGAUCAAAAACAGUCUGACAUGAAUUCCCUCGUCAUGCCAUGCUCAAAUGUGGAUGAAAUGGACACCAAUGCAGACGCACUUGAGGAUGGUGAUGGAGAUGAUGAACGUGGGCACUGUGGACAACGUGAAGAGUUAGGGGAAGGGUCAGCUCCUGGCGGUGAAUCACCAAUGGACACUUCAAAUACAGAGGGGAUGUAG